GUGGAGCACACUUUUUGUGCUUGAGCUUGAGCUACGGUGGAGAGGCUCUGUGUACGAAGUGCGGAAAAUAAUUUUCCGGAGAGGAGACCCGACGAGACCUGAAGAUCCGCCAUGCCUGGACGCCCACUUUGGCAGGUUGCUGGCAAGCGCGAAGCAAGCCAGGAAGCUGAAGCCCAACAAUGGAUGGAGACUGUAAUCGGUCGAAGAUUUCCACCAGGCGUGAGUUACGAAGAUGCUUUGAGGGAUGGUGUUCUGCUCUGCAUGCUCAUGAAUAAAUUGCAGCCUGGCCUGAUCUCGAAGAUCAAUACUUCCGGUGGAGAUUACAAGAUGAUGGAUAAUCUUAAUCAAUUCCAGAAAGCUUGCGUAAAAUACGGAGUACCCGAUGUUGAUCUCUUCCAAGCUGUCGACUUGAUUGAACGUAAAAAUAUCGCUCAAGUGACAAACACCAUCUUCGCUAUUGGACGGACGACGUAUAAGCAUCCGGAAUGGCGCGGACCCUGGCUAGGUCCGAAACCGGCGGAGGAGAACAAGAGGGCUUUUACGGAAGAGCAACUAAGGGCUGGCGAGGGACUCAUUGGCUUGCAAGCUGGUACCAAUAAAGGCGCUACACAAGCCGGGCAAAACUUCGGAGCUACGAGAAAGAUACUUCUUGGGAAAUAAUUUAAUAAAGUUUACACUUUUUUAUCACCGUUAGAAAUAUUCUGUUUGCGUAACGCGAUCUUUUGAAUAGAUAUACGUAUCGUAACGUACAGUUAUUAGAAACAUUGAAUUAAAUGUUCAAUUUUCUGCUUUCGUAAAAAAGAAUAAAGAAGAUUGUACAAUUCUUUGUGAUUAGAAGAGCCGUCAACCGUAUAUCUGUUGAAAUUACGCGAAUGAAUAUCGACGCAUAAAUCUGUUUGAUGUUAGACAUGUUUUUAUUAUUUUGCGUUUAUUUUUUAUUUUUAUUUAGCGCGUUUACUUCUAACGUGAGUGUAUCUCUGACGAAAUGUAUUUUAUUAUGAAGUAAUCAAUAUAGUAAGCAAUAUAUAUAUCAAUAGACACAAUAUACGAGUGCAUCGAGAGUACUAAAGUUUUUAUUUUGUCUUGAUGCGUCUCAAAUAGAGAUCCCGAGGCAAACUAUUCUCUCCCACCGCGAAAUUCCUAGAGCGAGUCUUGUCGCUCUUGCUAGUUUCCUGGCAGCUCGCUCUGCUCUCGACAAUCGUCUUCAGCCGCGUGUUCCGUGUCGGUGCACGCGAAGACGCACGUGCACGUCUCGGGUCCGCGCGCGCGUCACGUUACAGCACACCGUCGUCGCUCCGCAUACACUCGAGGACUCGAGAUCACCGCGUACGACGUAUGUACGUGCGUGCCAAUGUGUAUACGGCACGGCGAUGUCGGCGAUACGCGCAACACGCGCAUAGACCGCAAGCGGAGCGCGUAUGCGAACGUUGAGCCUCGUACGUGACAGGGACGACGAGUGGGCGUGACGUGUAUGUACACGCGUUACACGCAUUCCUUGACCGGUUUCUACACCGCGAGGCUCCCCGAGGAUCAGGCGAGCAUCCUAAGAUGGAACGUGCGCAGUGCCGGUUCCCGCCGAUCCGAAAUUACCGUUUUUUUCCUCUCUUUCUCUCUCUCUCUCUCUCUCUCUCUCUCUCUCUCUCCCUUCGAGCUGUCGUUUUGCGCUUAGAUAUACGUACUUUCUAAAUUCAUUGGAGUGGAAUCUCACUCGAAAGAGUGAAAAUUGAUAUAGUCUUGAAAAAGAAUAUUAUAUAAAUUAUCAAAUUGAGCUUGAAUUUAAAUUAACAUAAAUUUAUGUAUAUUAUUCAUAAAAAUUUAUGCUAUUUUUAUUUAUAACAAUUGUAACGCUUAUUUAUAGACAAUAAAUAUUAAUUAGCAAUUU